UCAUCUGCCACAACAAAACAUUCCGCUGUCAGCCAGUUCACUGCUGGAGCAACACAGAGGGGCCGCCAGACACAUGCAGGAUAGAGAUUCACUUUUAAACACGCAGCGUCAGAACCUGCACGAGCUGUAGCGAAUUUGACCCGGAGUGGUAAGCGGCUGAGCGGGGUGAAGUCGGGGGAGAAGGACAGGGAAGGGGAAAAAACACCCAAAAAAAAAAAAAAAACAAAGAUGGCUGUGUAGCCGGAGAGACGAGUUCCAACAGAACUGUCUCCAGCCGCGGAUCUGAAUCGCCGACAGGUCCCGUGGGUGCCGUGGACAGUCUGCGGGUACCGGACCGGGGACGGUAGACGAGCAGCCGAGCUGGGCCGCGGCGGUGCGAGGCUGUAAUCUGCUGUCAGUGCGAUUAACGGCGUCGAGAGCUCAACAGCAGCUGAGGGACGCCCGAGUUGUUUUUGUUCUGCCCGAGAGGACUGCUGUGUUUGUGUCAACGUAGCUAGCGCACAGUCUGCUAGCCUCACUCCUGCCGCCGUAGCGUUAGCCCGGCUAACGCUAGCAUAGCUGUCAGCUGACCGUUAGCUUGACAGGCUGCAAGCUAGUCCCGAGCUAACCUGCUAAUAUUUCGGGCUCAGCGUGGCCGCGGCAGGUUCACCCCGGACAUUUUCGAGACAGCCGUCGCCAUGUCUUCGCUGGAAGAGAGGGACGUGGGCGUUGCGGCCGCCCCUGGCUCCUCCUCGGGAGGCCUGGGGGUCGGGGCCGUGGGGGCAGCGGUGGAGGCUGUCGCCGGGGUCGCUGCCAUGCAGGAGGAGGUCGGCAUAAGACGAGAUGGGCCCGAGCCUGACCCGGACGAGCCACCCAAGAAGAGGGUGAGAGUGCCCGAGGGAGAGUCAGGGAAGCUGGAGGAGAGACUGUACUCAGUGCUGUGCUGCACCGUGUGCCUAGACUUGCCCAAGGCGUCUGUAUACCAGUGUACCAAUGGUCACCUGAUGUGUGCAGGAUGUUUUAUCCACCUCUUGGCUGAUUCUCGUCUCAAGGAGGAACAGGCCACGUGUCCCAACUGCAGGUGUGAGAUCAGCAAGAACCUGUGCUGCAGGAACCUGGCUGUGGAGAAGGCUGUCAGUGAGCUGCCGACAGAAUGUACCUUCUGCCUAAAACAAUUCCCCCGCUCCAGCCUAGAGAGACACCAGAAAGAGGAGUGUCAAGACAGGGUGACACAGUGUAAGUACAAGAGGAUCGGCUGCCCUUGGCAAGGUCCGUUCCACGAGCUGCCGGCACAUGAGGGCGAGUGCUCCCAUCCCACUAAGACUGGCACAGAGCUGAUGGGAAUCCUGGGAGAGAUGGACCAGAACCACCGCAGAGACAUGCAGCUCUACAACACCAUCUUUAGCCUGCUGUGCUACGAAAAGAUCGGGUUUACAGAAGUGCAGUUCAGGCCGUACCGCACUGAUGACUUCAUCACCCGCCUGUACUAUGAGACACCCCGCUUCACUGUUCUCAACCAGACGUGGGUGCUGAAGGCCCGCGUUAACGACUCCGAGCGCAACCCCAACCUCUCCUGCAAGCGCACCCUCUCCUUCCAGCUCAUCCUCAAGAGCAAGGUGAAUUCUGCUCUGGAGUGCUCCUUCCUGCUGCUGAAGGGGCCGUACGACGACGUGCGGAUCAAGCCCGUCAUCCACCACCACUCCUUCAGCAACGACACCAAUGAGACCGACUAUGUCCCUCUGCCCAUCUCUGAUUCGGUGGAGUGCAACAAACUGCUGGCCGCCAAAAACAUCAACCUGCGCCUGUUCAUCUUCCAAGUCCAAAAAUAAAAGAGUGAGGGAAGAAGAAGAGGAGGAGGAGGAGGAGGAGGAGGAAGAAAAAGAGGAGGAGGAAGAUGGAAAGGACGAGGAAGAAGGAUGGUGACAUAGGACGAGGGGUAGAGAGAGGAUGUGAUGAAGACACAAGAGAGACACCACUGAACCACUGAUACCUCUUAACACCUACACACACACACACACACACACAGACACACACACACACACACACACACAAUCACGCAGGGUACACACGCUUCCACACACAUUUACAUAUAUAUGUACACACACAUACACACACACGCCACUAAUUACACUUACCUCCUUUUACAAGAUAGUGAGACCCCUUGUUUGGGGGGAGCUGUGCGUUGCUAUGGAGAUGGGUGGGCAUUGAUAUUGGAUGGUGGGGCACAGGUGUUGGGGUUGUUGGGGGGUCAGCGAGCGGGGGGGGAGGCGGCGUUGUGAGACGGUUGGUGUGUACCUUGAGGAGGCUCUCUGAGGUCAGGCUUUGUGUGACCUUUCACCCUGUGACACCCGCAGCCAAAGGUAGCACACACACCAACCAAAGCAGGACUCGCUGGGUGCAGUUGUUGCACUUGUGUAUUUGUGUGUGUGUGUGUGUGUGUGAGUGAGUGAGUGAGUGAGUGAGACACACAGAGUUGUGUGACGGACUGCUUUGCAUGUUCAAAUGUCCCAAACACGUGUGAUAAUGUGAAAUGAGCGUCUGACUCUAAUCAGCUGUUCUGAAGACAUGUGAAGGGGUUUCGAGAGCAUGAUUGUGUGCUUGUGUGUGUGUGUGUGUGUGUGUGUGUGUGUGUACUCCCCCCCCCAGCUCUUCACGGUUUCGUCACUUCCUGUUUCGGCAGACGCUCUCAGACUUGGCCAGAGCAGACGAAAGGCGUCAGCAUCCCACUUCAACCUUCUUUUACCUUUCAACAAGAGGAGACUUGGCCUGGCUGCAUGCAUAUUUUAGUUCUUCAACUUAUUCCUCCAGCUGUGGUUAUAUAUAACCUUCGACACUAAUAUCUUUUUUUUCUCUUAACCCUGAAAUAUUUAAGUACCUGUGAACUUUUUUCUUUUAAGAUGGGUUGUAGCGUGUGGACGACUGCCUGUGUAACGUGAGUGUGUUAAACACAGUACAAUCCUUAAAGUACAGGACCAUCGAGACUGGAACGGACCUUCGGGGGCCCCAGGUUCACUGUGUGUCCGUUGUACAACUGCAACUAUUUUAAUUAUGGAUUAAUUGUUUAUUGGAUAAAAUCAUCACCGCAUAACGUUUUCCAACAAACAAAAUUCCAAAACCAAAAGAUAUUUUAUUUAACAAGCAGCAGCUUCUCACAUUUGAAAACCUGGAACUAGCUAGUGUUUGGCAUUUUUAAAAGUGACUGAAAUGAUUAAUCCAUUAUCAGAACAGUGCUGAUAUCACAAUGCUGUUUUUUUAUUUUGAGGAACUAAUCAAGGUAGACCCAGAUUACUGGUUAUUUCAUUUCUGGCUUAUUGUUUGGGAAUUUGCCCCAUUGCAACAUUAUACUGUAAUUUUAUGGCUGUUUCAAAAUCUAUGUCCACUAUGAUUAUUUUAGCAGAUAUUAUGGUGCUUACACAAAAUGUGCUCAACAGUUGUUUCAUUUUUAUUUUAAAUAUUUUUUGGGCAUUUAUUAAUUGGACAGUACGAGCGUGAAAUGGUGAAGACACGCAUCAAAGGGAUGUUGGAACCUAACGCGCAGCCACUGCAGGACAACUCAAGCCUCCAUAUGCGCUAGCUCACCUGGUAGCGUGGGCGCCCCUGUAUUUUUUUUUCUCUAUGACCCAAUCAUAUAUAUAUGAUUUCUUCCCAUCAUGCCCUUUUAUCAUUUUGACUUUAUUUGAACAAUCAUCCAAAACUCCAGGUGUUAAAAAUCAGGGGAAACCCACUGUUUUGAUGCAUUUUUCAUAAAAUUGUGUUUCAUUAAAAUCACCACAAACUUUGAGACACACAGAAAACCUGGGGCCUGGUAGUUUUCCAGUAUGAGAGCACCAGUUGGAUUCUGGGUCUUUGUGUGAAAUAUAAUGAAGCUGAUGGAAACCUGAGGACAACAGGAGCUCAAAAUGCUACUUUCACUCCUGAACAGACUGAUCCGACCACAGGGACGAGUCAGCAACAGCAAAGGAGUAAAAACCCAAACUGUGAGCGCUGAGUCUCAGGGUGAUCUGGACAUCCAUGUGUGCUCAGAGCUCGACGACCAGGACUUUUCCGGAAGACCAGACAUUGGGUGGUGAUGGAUGGUGUGUGUGUGUGUGAUGGGGGUGGGGAGUUUUACCUUAACACAGCAACAUAUUAGUGUUAGACUUACUUGAACAAGAACGAGAAGAUGUUACUUACGUAGAUUCUACUGUAAAGCAGAUAGAGCUCCUCCUCCUGACCUCUACUUCCUGUAUUUCUGUGUUUUAAUGCUUCGUCUCUAUGCCAGUGGACUCACUCAUCUCACUAUGGCUGUACAUGUGCCUUUUAUUAAAGAUCAUGGAACCUGCA